CCAUGAAACUGUAAACAUGGCAGCGCCCAUAGCGGAGUGAACAUUGCAAUGUUUACACUGAUAUUUUGGCUGCAUUUAAUGAAUAUUUAACAAAUUCAUAAUGGAUAUGGAUUCUAUACGACCAGGACUUUUUCUUGGAAGUUUAGACAGCAUAAAAAAUGUCAGUUUUUUGACCGAUAUGGGAAUAAAACAUGUGUUAUCUAUUAUGAGUGAGAAACCUGAAAUGUCCCAAGAAAUUGUUCAAAAGUUUGUUCAAGUUGACGAUGAUCCAGAGGCGAAUAUACUACAAUUUUUACCAGAGUGUACAGAAUUUCUUAAUCAUGGGUUGCAGAAAGGAGGAGUUCUAGUUCAUUGUUAUGGAGGUGUAUCAAGAAGUGCAUCAGUUGUUACAGCGUAUCUAAUGGAAAAAGAGUGUAUUAAUGUAGAGGAAGCUGUAUACGAGGUUAAGAAGAGCAGAAGUGCUGUGAUGCCAAAUGAUGGAUUUAUGACUCAGUUACAGCUGUACCAUAUGAUGGGAAACAGAAUAGACCAAACCGAUCCAAGAUAUAAACGAUUCUGUUUAGUUCAAUGGGCUAAGAAAGUCAGAUAUUUUCUUAUAAAUCAUGUCUUUGAAGUUGGUAUUGAGGAACCACAACACACUUUGGCAGACGACCCACAGCAUAGCUCAACCACGCAAGAAGUGAUAUUCAAGUGCAGGAAAUGCAGGAGGGUGUUGAUCUCAAGAGAGAAUGUCAUUGGACAUGACCAGGGAACAGGUCAAGAGGCUUUCAAGUGGCACAAACGGAGCUCACCUGUUGAAGUGGCCAGCGACCCCACAAGGCAAUCCACAUGCACUUCACUGUUUAUUGAACCAGUUUCAUGGAUGAAAUCAGCAGUAGUUGGCACCAUACAGGGAAAGAUUGCUUGUCCGAAAUGUUCAGCAAAAAUUGGCUCAUUCAACUGGUCUGGUGAACAGUGUUCCUGCGGAGCCUGGGUAACACCGUCAUUCCAGGUACAUCUCAAUAAACUCGACAAAGUCAUUCAAUGUCCAAUACCCCAAGCACAACCUUUGAGUUGAGAUAUGUCAAGACACUUGUUGCUUCUCCAUGGCACGGUAUGUGUUAAGCAAGAAUAUUGAGGACUGUUUAUAGAUCUAAAGUCAAAACACAGAAUAAUACACAAAAUCAAUAUAUUUUAUAUACUCUUUAAAUAACUGAUUUCUUCUCUUGCCCUCCAUCAUUCAUAAAUUUCCCAUCUUGAUUUAGUAUGGGAUUUUUGUCACUGUCAGGUUAAUUGAAACAUUGUUUUGCAACUGUUUUUAUAUUUUAUAUAAUCUGUCUUUGGAAAAUGAAUUUCACGUGUUUUAUGAACAUGUAAAUAUAUGGCGAAUAAAUGAAAUCUUUAACUCCUGUUAACUAGCCAAUCUGGUAAAGGAAUACUUCAGUAGUAAUUUUUGAAUGUACUGUAUAGGCCUACAACAUACUGGGUCACAACCAUGGAAUUAUGGCAUUCAAACUAAAAUUACAGCAACUGUAUAAGCUAUUGAUUGGCUACUUGGCUACAACCAAUGUUUUAUUUCCUCCAUGCUACAACUAACUGAACAUGGUUUUGACAAUUAGACCCACUGGUGUAUAUGUGUAAUAAAAGAAUUUCUGUAUCUGUACAAUAAAACAAUAGUUCAAUAAAAAGCAAGGUUUUAUUGAGUAAAUGGAACAUUUUAAUAAACUUUGCUCUACUAUAUAAUUAAAUUCAAUUUAGAAAUGAAAAUAAACACUCUUCUAUAAUUA